AAUAGUGGCCAUCUUCGUUGUAUAAAUAUGUACCAAUUGCCUCAUUAUGACAUAAUUGUAGCAUCUUUUUUUUAUGACAAUGGAGCGACUUCUCUGUAUGAAAGGAGGUAUGGGAGAAACUAGUUACGCCAAAAACUCCAUACUUCAGAGAAAAGCGAUAAUGAAAGUGAAAACCUUACUUGAUGAGAACUUGUUGAAAUUGAUGAUGUUGAAGAAAACUUCAAAUGGUUGUUGGAAAAUAGCCGAUUUAGGUUGCUCUUCGGGACCAAAUACACUAAUAUCAAUUUCUAACAUUAUGGAGAUCAUUCAUAAAAGUAGCUUAAAGUUAAACCAUAAGAAACUUGUAUUUCAAAUUUAUCUGAAUGAUCUAUUUGAAAAUGAUUUCAAUAAUAUUUUUAAGUUACUCCCUGAUUUCCAUCAAAGCAUGCAAGGAGAGAACUUUGGAGCAUGCUACAUGAAUGCAACACCAGGGAGCUUUUAUGGAAGGCUAUUUCCCAAUUAUUACAUCGACAUUUUUCAUUCUUCCUAUUGUGUCCAUUGGCUAUCACAAGUAAGUAAAUGCACACAUUCUUAACAUUAGUGACUAAAUUAUAUUCAACUGCUUUUAGUACUACAUAUAUUUUGUGGUAAACAACAAUAGAAUAUUGAUAGUUCAAUGGAUUGUAGUACUUCCUCCAUCUCAUAUUAUUUAAAACUGUUCCCACUUUUUAAGAAAUUAAUUAUGUGCAUUACUUUCCAAGAUAGAAUAGUAUGCUUUGACUAUUGAAAUGUUAAAGUAAAAAUACUAAUUAAUAUAGAUUUCAUACCAUGAU